AUGAUAAAGAAGAAUGAUCAGAAAAAGCAGACACGUAUGGGCAAUCACAGCUCGAAACAUAACAAACCAAAGAUACCACAGGCCAAGUCCCCUGAACCCGAGCCGAAAAAGCAAGGACCACUUGUUCCUCAAUUUAAAGAACCGGAAAACCAAGGACAAGAUCCUCGCAAGUGGACGCCCGAAACUAAAACACCACAGACCCCUCCACCUGUUGUCAAAGCAGACCCUCCAAAACGUGUCGAUGCGACACCGCCUCAAAUCCAACAAAAACCGCCACCAACAACUCAAAAAGAGAAAGAAAAAGAAAAAAAAGUCGAUCCUCCAAAGGAAACACACACGCAAAACACGGUCGAAGCAGACUUCAAUAAAUUUCUUGAGGAGGGUAAAGACCAUAUCUCAGUGGGUACUAUUACAAGCUUCUUUGCAGAAAUUGGAAUUGACGAAGAAAAUAUCGGAGGGUUACAAGCACUGUGGGUCAUGUGGAAAUUAGGGAGUGUCGAGAUGGGUGUGAUAACACUGCAAAAGUAUAUCAACGGGAUGAGUGACCUCCACGUCCAAAGCUUACAACAACUCAAAGAAGUGAUACCAAAAAAACUCCCACAAGACUUGAGAAGUAAACCCAUCGAACUGAAGAAGUUCCUUUCCUUUGCUUUCACUUACAACUUGGAGAAAUCAAAGCAACUCGAUAAGGAGACAACUUCAGAGUUAUUGGCUCUGUUCUACCCAGACAAACCAAAGCAAAUCACUAACUUUAUGAAGUUUUUAAACCAACCGAAGUCACAGAUGUUGAGAAAAGACGAGUGGCUGAUGUUGUAUGACUUCUUUAACAACAUUAAAGAGGAUCUUUCAAAUUACCAGAUGGAUACCACGUGGCCAAUCAUGUUCGACGACUACGUAGAAUGGAAGAAGGCACAGAAAGAGUAA